AUGUUAAUCUCCAUCGAGAUAAUGUUAGUAUCUAUUACAUUCUUAAUUUUGAUAAGUUCUAUAAAUCUUGAUGAUAUUAUAGGGCAAACAUACGCUAUAUAUAUUAUAGUUAUUGCUGGAGCAGAAUCUGCCAUUGGUUUAGCUAUAUUGGUAGCCUUUUAUAGACUUAGAGGAAGUAUAGCAAUCGAAUAUAAAUAA